AAGGCGGCGGCGGGCAGCCCCGGCUGACUCGGCCCCCUGGGCGCGCGUGACUGUCGCAGUUACGGUCUCCGCGGGUACCGCCGCUCUCCCACCCCGACCUGCGGCCGCGAUGCUGGCUCUACGCUGCGGUCCCCGCCUGCUCGGCCUGCUCCGGGUCCCGCGCUCCGCGCCGCUGCGCCUCCCCGCGGCCCGCGCCUGCAGCGGCGCCGGCGACCCGUCCCCUUCCUCCCGGAACCCGCUCGUGUACCUGGACGUGGGCGCCGACGGGGAGCCGCUCGGCCGCGUGGUGCUGGAGCUGAAGGCAGAUGUCGUCCCGAAGACAGCAGAGAACUUCAGAGCCCUGUGUACCGGGGAGAAGGGCUUCGGCUACAAAGGCUCCACCUUUCACAGAGUGAUUCCGUCCUUCAUGUGCCAGGCGGGCGACUUCACCAACCACAAUGGCACCGGGGGAAAGUCCAUCUACGGAAGCCGCUUUCCUGAUGAGAACUUCGCACUGAAGCACGUGGGACCAGGUGUCCUGUCCAUGGCGAAUGCGGGCCCCAACACCAACGGCUCCCAGUUCUUCAUCUGCACCAUAAAGACAGACUGGUUGGAUGGCAAGCAUGUUGUGUUUGGCCAUGUCAAAGAGGGCAUGGAUGUCGUGAAGAAAAUAGAAUCUUUCGGUUCCAGGAGUGGGAAGACGUCCAAGAAGAUCGUCAUCACAGACUGCGGCCAGUUGAGCUGAGGUGCCAUGACCAGGGCGCGAGGCUGGCGGCAGCUGCACGUGCCUGGGCUCCCCUGGGGGCCGCCUCGGGCUCCAGCAGACUUGUCUGUCCUUGUUGCACGCCGCGGUGGGGAAUGUCCGAUCUCCACGGGGCCCACCGCACCGCUGCCCCAGGGUCCACCCUCCCUCGCCACCCCGUUUCUGGCCAUCCAUCACAGACGUGAUGCCAUCAGGCCUUACCCGUGAUCCCCCAGCCCACGCUCACCUGUGCCUUGGACAUCGGGGGGUGCCGAGGGGUUAGCUUCGGGUACAGGUUUCUGCCUUUUCCUUGACCGAGGGGGAAAGGCAGCCGCUGCAAAAGGGCCGCUGUAUCUGUUGAACAUCCUCUUCUGAUUGGAAUAAUUUAAUUAACAAGAUGGACUGGAGAUGAAGCUGUGACAGCCCUCUAAGCCGUGGUAUGACCUCACUUGGUGGCGGAAGCCACAGAACCCUGGAGCUUGGCCUUUGGAACGUAAUCGGGGCUUUUGCGAAGGGUCCUCGGCCAAGGCCUUUUAUCCCAGCCACUGUGAAUCCUGUUGGUUCGCCGCCGCGGUUUCUGAGGAGAGUCCGUGAGGGGAGAAGCAGACAAACCCGGGACAAACCCACUGCGAGCUGUGCCUAGUCGAUGAAGUCGGGGAGAGUGGAAAUGGCGUGUGCGUGCCUGGUGCUCGGGAAGACUGUCAACGUGUAUUUUCCGGAGGGCUUCGAUUUUUCUGUGUUUAACAAAUCUGAUGAUGUAUAUGAUACACCUUUGGGGCUUUUAUUUGUGUUCACUUUAAAUGUGAAAAUAAAUCCUAUUUUCUAUAAAAGAU